AUCGUAAAAGAGGGAGAAAUUACGAAGCAUGGAGCCUUAUCAGCCCAAAUUUCCCAACAGUUUCUUCUCUUCCACAUGACUCUUGACUUCAGAUCUGUUACCCGUUAAAAGGAUUGACGCCACGCAUUCUCUGCACGCCGUCGCCGGAGUUAAGGUCAGGGCUUCGCAUGACGAGUGCUUCUGAGCUUUUCUAUAACCGAAGGUCUCGCGCUAGCCGUAGCGCGGAGACGAGGCUGGGCCUCGACGGUUUUUCCUCGGACCGAGAUCGGCUUCCGAUUCGCCGCUCUUUCCUACGCCGCCGACGCAACCAUUUCGCUAACGGACAGGACAUGGAGCCCUCGGUUCGACCUCGAGCAUUUUUGCGAUCGGUACAGGAACCACGUCAUUCAAAUGACAGCAAUUUUGGUGAUUCAGGCACGACCAAUAGCAUCAAUACUGAUAGGAUCAAUAGGCUAUUGUCCGCAAGCAACGGACAGUUGCCUACUUCUGUCUUGCAGGCACGAGCAAGGCUUCUUGAGAGGCUUAGAGGCAUCUCCAUUCCACAAAAUAGACAAGAGGAAGAAACUUCUGGUGUUCCCUGGGAUGACGAGUACUGGGAGGUAGUGGUUGGAAGAAAUUCACUGGAAUCUGGCAGGCAGGUUUCUAGCUCUUUGCGUCAGGCUCAACCUCCAUUAGUUAGCAGAACAAGGGGUACGUCCGUAAGGGGUACCAGACCAGUUAUGGGUUCUUCCGGCACCUCCCUGUAUGAACUUGCAAGCUUCGGUGACUUAGUAGAGCGAAUUCAAUCACAACUUUUAGAUUUUGGUGUAGAAGAAAGCCAUGGAUUUCCAGUUCCACAAUACUGUAUCAGUAGGUCUCCUGGACUUAGCUGCGAUGCCAUUGAUAGCCUUCUUCAUGAAGUUUUCAAAGAAGUUGAGCAUAAUGAUGUUGGAAUGCAAUGUGAUUGUUCUGUAUGUUUGGAGAGUUUUCAAGAAGGAGAUGGACUUCUUCGAUUACUCUGUGGCCAUAGGUUCCAUACUGCUUGCCUGGAGCCAUGGUUGAGGACUUGUGGUGAUUGUCCUUACUGUAGGGCAAGAGUAUAGUUAUGUUGCUUUUCGUAGCAGCAGCAGCAGCAGGAGUAAAUGGAGACAUUUAGGUUUCGUUUGGGAUGACUUUCUUACUGCUUGUUCAAACAGCUUUUUAGUAGUACUAAAAAGCUGUUUGAGGAAACAGUAAGAAAGCUGUCCCAAAUGAAGCCUUAGACUUAUCUUCUUCAUUCCAGUUUUGAAUUAGCUAUUUCAUAUGUUUGCUUGUAACAGCCAACAGUUUCUGCUGUUAAGGAGUGCUGGUAAAGUUGGGCUCAACUUGACUAUAUAGGAAAAAAAUGGAUGUAAACUAUGAUGUGGAUUUAUUUGUGGUUAGUAGAUAUUUUUGUUUCAUAUAUUUAUCAGAAUAUGGAAAGACGGAAUUAGAAGA